AUGAACCAAUUAGUCCAGAAAAAUUCAAUGAUUCUACAACGCUUAGCCGACCUUAAUGAGGUGGAGAAUAAUGAAGUACCCAAUAAUGACUCCCGUAGGAUUGACAACGACGCUGAGCUUAGUCAAAUAGGGGGUCAACAGAGAAGCCAUCACCAUCGGUCUCUUGAACGGAAUAAUACCAAGCUCCGUAUGCAAGAUCUGAGAACUAGGGUCAAAGACGUCAUGCAAGCAAUGAAAGGGAAGGGCCAGGCCACAGUGAACGAUCUGGUAGAAGAGGUGGACGACAAGGUUGCCCUCACAGCCUUUAUGGGAGGACUACAGACUUCUAAGUUCCUAUUUUCCUUAUCAAAAGAAGCCCCUACAAGCAUGACAGAGUUGAUGGUUAGAGCGUGGAAGCACAUGAACGCUGAGGAUGCUAUGAAUGCACGAAAAAACAAAGAUGGUGAAGAUAAGAGGUCGGAGAAGAAGAGGCCAGCACCUAACACUAGGGAGGAAAAGGAAUCGAAGUACAAGAAAUUCUCAAACAACCAGGCUGACAGAUCGUCUCGCCGCCCAAUUCAAGAUGACGCAUCAUUGAAAUGGCCGCCAAAGCUAAAAGCUGAUCCAACAAAGAAGUCUCUAGGUAAAUACUGUAAGUUUCACCGGGACCAUGGGCAUAACACAGAAGAUUGUUUCGACCUCAAAAACCAGAUCGAGAACCUUGUUCGUAAAGGUCAUUUACGCAAAUUCACAACUAGAAAUGGAAAAGGAGGCUCCAACCCAGCCCGGGAGGGCCGAGAUGAUCGCCCUCCUCAACACCAACCAAUGGGUGAGAUCAAAGUUAUAUCGGGUGGCUUCGCUGGUGGUGGUGAGACAAGUUCGGCUCGAAGGGCUCAUGCUAGGAGAAUUCGGAGUUUUUCAGAGGUGAAUGAAGUUGGAAUGACAAGUCCUCCAACAAAAUUACCUCGAGUUGAGGAGCCGGUCAUAACCUUUUCUGAAGAAGAUGACAAGGGAAUUCACCAGCCCCAUGAUGACCCUCUGGUAGUUUCCAUGGUCGUUGCUAAUUUCACUAUUCGAUGA